AUGGCCGAUGCUCCGGGCCCCGAUGGGCUCAGGUCUACGUCUCCAGGCCCUACGCGCAGGGCACGCGCUCCUACCAUUACCAUCGACACAUCUGCUGUCAACAGCCCGGUUAUGGACGACGACCACACCGUUUCGCGACCGCAGUCUCAGUUAUCACCAACGGAAGCACGCACAGCCAAUUCGUUCGACAGCAGAGAUGAGAGGCCGACCUCGCCACACAAUGUUUCGUCUCCGACAUCGGGCUUUGGGAAUGGGCAGCAGAGUUUCCUCGCCGUGCCGGGAACCCACUCAAGGGUGAGCUCCUUGGACUCCUCUUCGGAAAACAGUCAAUCUACCACAAGUGCUGGCGAUACAUACGUAAACACGCCUUCGCCAACCUUGCCGGCCAACACACCGAAACGAACUGAGGGAGGACACGGCGAGAUUCUCAGCGACGAGGACGCAUUGAAACCGGAUCCCGGCACAGAAUCCUACUUCCAGGUUGAAGAUAAUAAGUUCGCCUUCUCGCCAGGUCAGCUGUCUAAGCUUUUCAAUCCCAAGAGCCUCGGCGCCUUCCACGCCUUGGGGGGCUUGGCUGGUCUUGAAAAGGGAUUGCAGACCAACAGGAAGACUGGAUUGAGCGUCGAUGAACGGCACGUCGAUCGCUAUGUCUCGUUCACGGAAGCUACUGGAGCGGCCGCGACCCAUACCACUAAUGGACACAUUGCGGAGAAGAUCGAAAAGAGUGGCACAACAGCGAGCGAGCCCCACAAGCAGUCUUCAGACGCAUUUGCCGACCGCAAGCGUGUAUUCAGUGAUAACCGUCUGCCAGAACGCAAGCCGAAGAGUAUUUGGGAGCUCGCCUGGAUAGCUUACAACGACAAAGUGCUCCUCCUCUUGACUGGCGCUGCUGUCAUUUCACUAGCGCUUGGGCUUUACCAAACGUUUGGUCAAACCCAUGAACCAGGUGAAGCUCAGGUGGAAUGGGUCGAAGGUGUUGCUAUCAUGGUCGCUAUCCUGAUUGUUGUUGUGGUCGGCGCUGUCAACGAUUGGCAGAAGGAGAGGCAGUUUGUGAAGCUCAACAAGAAAAAGGAAAACCGCACCAUCAAGGUCAUUCGUUCCGGAAAGACGCAGGAAAUCUCGGUAUACGACGUUCUGGUGGGUGAUGUUUGCCUGCUUGAACCUGGUGACAUGGUCCCUGUUGACGGCAUCUUCAUUGACGGCCACAACGUCAAAUGCGACGAGUCCUCAGCCACCGGCGAAUCUGAUCUCUUAAAGAAAACCUCAGCCGACGAAGUUUACCGAGUAAUAGAAGCUCACGAGGAUGUCAAAAAGCUGGACCCGUUCAUCAUUUCAGGCGCAAAGGUUUCUGAAGGUGUUGGGUCCUUCCUGGUAACGGCCACCGGCAUCAAUUCAAGUUUUGGAAAGACAAUGAUGGCGCUUCGCGAAGACUCCGAGGUCACACCGCUGCAAGCAAAACUCAACAAUCUUGCAGAAUAUAUUGCCAAACUCGGUGGAUCUGCAGCGCUUCUUCUUUUCGUGGUCCUUCUCAUUCAGUUCCUCGCGCAUCUUCCCAACAAUGACGCCACACCAUCCGAAAAGGGCCAGAAUUUCCUCAGAAUUCUGAUCGUCGCGAUCACUGUGGUUGUAGUAGCUGUUCCAGAAGGCCUUCCGUUAGCUGUUACUCUGGCACUGGCGUUCGCUACAACUCAAAUGUUGAAAGAUAACAAUCUCGUCCGUCUGCUGCGUUCAUGCGAAACCAUGGGUAAUGCCACGACCAUCUGUUCAGACAAGACAGGAACUUUGACGCAGAACAAGAUGACAGUCGUCGCUGGCGCCCUUGGCACUGUGUCACGAUUCGGUGCUCGUAAGCCCCGAGCAGAGAACGAGGAGAUCAACGGCAAGUCUACUUCUGGUAACUCCCAAGACAGCAUCGACGAUAUGUCACCAGGGGAUUUUGCCGGUACGCUUAGCCCUGACGUCCGGUUCCUCCUCGAGCAAUCUAUUGCCAUCAACUCUACUGCUUUCGAAGGCGAAGAAGACGGCAAGCCCGCAUUCAUUGGUUCAAAGACAGAGACGGCACUUCUCAACUUCGCUAGACAGAAUUUGGGCAUGGGUCCUGUGAGCGUUGAACGAGCAAAUGCUAAUAUCGCUCAAUUCGUCCCCUUCGACUCCGGCAGGAAAUGCAUGGCUGCUAUUGUCAAGCUGGAAAACGGCACGUAUCGGAUGUACGUCAAGGGUGCGUCUGAGAUUGUUCUUGGCAGGUGCAGCACCAUCAUUGCAGACGCGACAAGGGAUGUCUCGGCCAAGCCCAUGUCACCGGAAGAUCGCGAAACGCUCAAUGGUCUCAUCACAAGUUAUGCUACUCGGUCACUUCGUACAAUUGGUUGUGCUUAUCGCGAUUUCGAGCAAUGGCCGCCUAGGGGGGCGAAGACGAUGGAGGGCGAAGCUACGAUGGUCGACUUUGACAGCAUUUUCAAAGACCUAACAUUCCUCGGUGUUGUUGGUAUCCAGGAUCCGCUUCGUGAUGGUGUCCCCAAAGCUGUCAAAGAUUGUCAACGGGCUGGUGUCUUCGUCCGCAUGGUUACUGGUGACAAUGUACUUACGGCCAAGGCAAUCGCUGAGGACUGCGGCAUCCUUGUACCUGGCGGUCUCGUUAUGGAAGGCCCAACUUUUAGGAAGCUCAGCAAGAGGGAGAUGGAUCAAGUUAUCCCUAAGCUGUGCGUUCUCGCUCGAUCCAGUCCCGAGGACAAGAGAAUUCUGGUCAGGCGUCUGAAAGAACUUGGAGAAACUGUUGCAGUUACCGGAGAUGGCACGAACGAUGCUCCCGCUCUCAAGGCCGCUGAUGUCGGAUUUUCUAUGGGUAUCGCCGGAACGGAAGUCGCUAAGGAAGCCUCUGCCAUUAUUCUCAUGGACGACAACUUUGCCUCCAUCGUCAAAGCAUUGCUUUGGGGCCGCGCCGUUAACGACGCGGUGAAGAAGUUCCUGCAGUUCCAAAUCACUGUCAACAUUACUGCGGUCUUCCUCACCUUCGUCUCAGCUGUCGCCAGUUCUGACCAGUCGUCUGUUCUCACGGCCGUGCAAUUGUUGUGGGUCAAUCUCAUUAUGGACACAUUCGCCGCGUUGGCACUUGCUACAGACCCCCCGACUCAGGGUCUGCUGAACCGGAAGCCCGAUCCCAAGUCUGCUCCUCUUAUCACACUGAACAUGUGGAAGAUGAUUAUUGGCCAGGCUAUCUACCAAUUGGUCAUCACCUUUAUCCUUCACUUCGCAGGAGCGCGUAUACUUUCGUAUGAUUCUCCGGAAGAGCUGGAGCAAAUGGAUACGCUUGUGUUCAACUCCUUCGUCUGGAUGCAGAUCUUCAAUCAAAUCAACAACCGGAGGCUUGACAACAAAUACAACAUCUUCGAAGGGAUCCAGCACAACUACUUCUUCAUCUUCAUCAACUGUAUCAUGAUCGGCGGUCAAGUGAUGAUCAUCUUCGUUGGUGGCCGGGCCUUCAGUGUCGUCAAACUCGGGGCCACGCAGUGGGGCAUUUCCAUCAUCCUUGGUUCCCUCUCCAUUCCAGUCGGUGUCAUCAUUCGCACGAUCCCUGACGAUCUCAUCCGCCGAUUCAUUCCCGACCGUCUGAGGCCCAAGCCAAAACCUGUUACUGUGUCCGACGACAUGAACUGGGCAGACGGCGUGAACGACAUUCGAGAGGAGCUUGCUUUUAUCAGGAAGAUCCGCGGCGGCCGUUUGAGCAGUCUGAAGUUUAAGAUCCAGCAUCCCCGCACAGCUUUCGGUCAUUCCCACAGCACUAUCUCCAUUCCAUCAACCCCAGUGCCUGAGGAUGGACCAACGGCUCCUGUGACUCCUGAAGCACGUACUCGCAAGCGAGGACGGUCCCGGUCCAACUCCGCCUUCGGCCCUGCCGCUGCUAUGGCCGGUAUCAUCGCUGGCAGCGUUGCGGGUGGUCUUUCUCCCAUCGGAGCGAGCAGCCAAGGUGAUGACAACGAUUCACUGAAGUUCUCCCGCAACCUGAACAAAUCCGAGCUCGAACGCGUUCCAGGCGUCGAUGUUCACCCGGAGACAAACCCCAGGGAUCCGGUCCUCGUGCAAGAGCCGCUUCGCCAGGGUGUCGCGCCCAGUCAGUCGGUAGAGACCACCCCUAAUUUCAUUGCUGGACCUUUCGCUGGCGAGCCGAGGAUGGAGCAGCCGAAGGAGAAGGAUGAUACCAGGCCGUGA